AUGCCCCCCUCAACCCCCAAAAUCACCUCCCUCACCGACCUCCCCUCCAGCUCCGCAAACUGGAUAAAACUCCAACGCGCAACCUACACCGACGCCCACGGCACCCCGCGCGUCUGGGAACUCGCCAGCCGCAAGACAACCCCCAAAUCCGGCGUCGACGCCGUCGCAAUGGGAAACAUCAUCUACCACCCCUCCAAGCCGCCCUCGACCAUCCUGGUCCUGCAGUUCCGGCCCCCGGUCCAAGCCAUGACCGUGGAAUGGCCCGCCGGCCUCAUCGACGCCGAUGAAUCUGCAGAGCAUGCCGCGGUCCGCGAGUUGUAUGAGGAGACGGGGUAUAGGGGCACGGUGGUGAGUACGUCGCCGGCGGUGGCGGCGGAUCCCGGUAUGACGAGUGCGAAUAUGAAGUUGUGUAUGAUGGAGGUGCAUCUUCGGGAAGAUGAACCAGAGCCGGAACAGCAUCUUGAUGACGGCGAGGAUAUUCAGAGGGUUACUGUGCCGUUGGCGGAGCUGUAUGAGCGGCUGCAGGAGUUUGCGAGGGAGGGCUAUGUGGUUGCGGCCAAGUUGUAUCAUUGGGCGGCGGGAGUGCAGUAUGCAAUCGAUCAUCCGGAACUGUUUAAGAAGUUGGAGAAACCGGGGGCUGGGGCUUAG